AUGCAACAGGAGAACCGCCACUUGUCUUCCGCCGACCUCUUUAAGAAGUUCACAUUGCAGAAUGUGGCACAAAUAGCCAACAUUAGCAACAAAGAGCAGUCUCAAAUCCGCGGAGAACUCACUGAACAGUACCCGCUGCUUGCAGACUUCUGGGAGGAUAUCAUGCCGAAGAAGGCGGAUAUCAUGUUGGUACGCUGCCACGACCAGGUGCACUGCGUUACACUGGUCAGUUCGCAGCCAGAAGUACUAUUCUUCAGGCAUCAUAACAGUCCCUACAUUCCCCAUCUGAAGUUGUUGCACAAGUAUCCUUUUAUUUUGCCCCGACAACAGGUAGAUAUUGGUGGCUGCAAGUAUGUUGUUUCAGGGGCUAAUGUUAUGUGCCCUGGUCUCACAUCGGAGGGCGGGUACAUAACACCAGGACUGGCUGCUGGAGCUAUCGUAGCCAUCCACGUCGAACAAAAGGAGCAUGCGAUUGCCGUUGGUCGCAUGCUGAUGUCAUCAGAGGAAAUAGAGAGAGUUAAUAACGGUCCGGGGAUUGAAAACAUUCAUCACCUUGGUGACGGCCUGUGGAUGAACCGCGUUUUAAGUUCGUCCCACAUCGGCGCUCGGUGA